ACCAUACCCAAUUAACCAAAAAAAAGUACACAUUAUUAUUCUCAAAAAAAAAAAAAAAAAUCAUUUUUGAAUUUUUUCUUUUUGGUUUUCAUUUACUUGAAAGAACUUGUUAACAUUUUGAACCUCAAAUCUAUAAAAUAUAAUGAAAAAAAUAAACAAAAAAAGAAGAAGAACAAAGCUAAUUUCCAGCCUUGCAUUUUCCAUCUCAAGAUAUACCUAUCCAUUUCCAUCCACUCAAUUUUCAACUCCAUUUUCCAUUUUAAUUAAUUUAAUUUAUCAUUUAUUCUUCAAUUUUUCCCCUACUUUAAAAAAUUAUUUUCUUUAAUCACACUUUCUCCAUCUCAAUUUAUACAUACAAGACUCAAACUUUUAAAUUUUAAUUAUAAAUUUGCCAUAAAAUCAGAAAUAAAAUUUAUACAUUUAAAAUCAUAAAAAAUAUUAUAUAAAAAAAAAUUAAUUAACGAUCGAAAUUGUAACUGUGCCACAUAAAUUGGACAACAUGAUUUUAUAACGACCUUAUAGUCAGUUAGUACAAUUUGUAACCACCAAAAAACGAAAAAGGUGUACAGAAGAAAGAAGAAAAAGAAAAUACAAAAUGCUAAGCAGCAAAGUAACAGCAACAAUUUUUUCUUCUUCUUCAACAACACUUUUAUUUACUAAGUCCAAAAUAUUAUCAAAUAAAUUCCAUAACAUUUCUAAUCCAUUGAAUAAUUGUGGAAAAAGUAUUAAAUGGAAUUGUAAUAAAUCAAGAAUGGAAAGUGCAAAAUCAAGAAUUGUUACUAAGGCUUCAUCAACACAACCACUUACAAAUCCUGGAGAACUUAUUGAUUCUGUUGAAACCUUCAUCUUUGAUUGUGAUGGAGUUAUAUGGAAAGGAGAUAAACUGAUAGAUGGGGUCCCGGAAACUUUGGAUUUGCUCAGGGAAAAGGGAAAAAGAUUAGUUUUUGUUACCAACAACUCAACAAAGUCAAGAAAGCAGUACGGGAAAAAAUUCGAAACACUUGGUCUGAGUGUCAGCGAGGAGGAAAUUUUUGCUUCAUCCUUUGCUGCAGCUGCUUAUUUGAAAUCUAUAGACUUCCCAAAAGAUAAAAAGGUGUACGUUGUUGGUGAGGAUGGCAUCUUGAAGGAGCUUGAAUUAGCUGGUAUUCAAUAUCUUGGGGGACCGGCAGACGGUGACAAGAAAAUAGAGCUAAAACCUGGAUAUAUGAUGGAGCAGGAUAAGGAUGUUGGAGCUGUUGUUGUUGGAUUUGACCGCUAUUUCAACUACCACAAGAUUCAGUAUGCUACCCUGUGCAUACGUGAAAAUCCAGGAUGUCUCUUUAUUGCUACAAACCGUGAUGCUGUUACCCAUCUUACAGAUGCUCAGGAAUGGGCAGGUGGUGGCUCAAUGGUUGGUGCGAUCCUAGGCUCUACAAAACGUGAACCACUUGUUGUAGGAAAGCCCUCGACCUUCAUGAUGGACUACUUGGCUAAUGAGUUUAAGAUACAGAAGUCACAGAUAUGCAUGGUCGGCGACAGAUUGGAUACGGAUAUACUGUUUGGACAAAAUGGUGGCUGCAAAACUCUUCUUGUUCUCUCAGGUGUGACAACUUUAUCGAUGCUUCAAGAUCCCAAAAACUCUAUCCAACCGGAUUUCUACGCUAACAAGAUUUCUGAUUUCCUCUCCAUCAAAGCGGCUGCCGUUUAACCAAGUCCACUGAUUAUUACAUAUGGUGAUUCCAUUCUUUGUAAUGCACUUCAUUUGUGCAUCCAGUUUGCCUUUUAGCUGCAAGAUUGGAGGUUGAAAUUAGCAUAUGAGAAACUACAUAAUGCAAUGUAAAGAAUACCAUUUAAACUUUCUAGAUAUAAUAAUGGUUAUUGGAAAAA